GCAAGAUGGGGAGGGAGGGGGCACCAGGAGAGAGUAUUGGGGGUGGGAGGGAGGAAUUAAAAAUAAAAAAAAUAAUAAAAAAAAAAUAAGUUGAAGCCAGAAAGAUGCUCACGUUUUGGCGCCCCUCAAUUAUCCCCUCCCGUGAAGAUAGGUGGCGUGCGUUUCAGGGGGCUUCUCCGUGCGCACGGCAAAGAAAAGGAGGUGGAAAGAAAAAAAAAAAAAAAAAAAAAAAAAAUGUCAUUAGAAGAGGCGGAACACGUCAGUCCCGACCCAGGUUUGUUUCCUGGAGUGGGUGUAAGACAUCAGUUGUAAACCUGCCCGAGCAGGACGCGCGCAGCUCGCCCUCCCUCCCGCCCCGACCGUAGCAAGGCUUUUUUAUUUUUUAUUUCUAAGGCUUUUAUUAUCAUCACCGCUGGAGCGGCUCUCCGGUGUCGUCGGACCGGCGCUGUUGGCAGCAGGUUACCCAGAUUUUGGUUUCGGGUCCAUGCGAGUCGCCGUCUGAGCCCGCGCACGCACACUUCUCGAUGAGGCAGGAGAUGAUGGCGGAGGGGCCCCGGUGCAAGCGGCGAAAACAGGCCAACCCCAGGCGGAAGAACGCUCUUAACUACGAGAAUGUGGUGGAAACCGGCUCAGAGACGGAGGAGGAGGACAAACUGCAGGUGUCGGAGGAGGACCCGCUGAUCAAUGGCGCCGGUAGCCCGGCCAGCCUCGUCAACGCCGAGUCGUCGCCUCGCCCCGAGAGCCACAGGCUGCCUGCCAAGGAGGAGGAGGACGACGAGAUGCGGGACAGCGGCGUGGAGCACAUCUGGCCUGACAGUGACAUGCUGAGCGCCUCGGUGGAUGGUACCGAUGAAAUUAAAGACGAUUUCGACACGCUGGGGCCAGACACCACUCUGCAGGCAAUUGGAAACGGUACAGUCAAGAGCGUGGAUUGCACUUCAGAGUUUGAGGAUUUCUUCGUCAAGCGGAAGCUGGAUGUCAGCGACAGCCACGUGGUGAGCAUCGCCGAGUAUCUCCAGCGAGGAGAUACCGCCAUCAUCUACCCGGAAGCCCCGGAAGAGCUGUCACGCCUCGGGACGCCGGAGGCAGCGGGGCCGGAGGAGAACGACCUGCCACCUGGAACGCCAGAUGCCUUCGCCCAACUGUUGACCUGCCCCUACUGCGACCGGGGCUACAAGCGCUUGACAUCGCUGAAGGAGCACAUCAAGUAUCGCCACGAGAAGAACGAGGAGAACUUCGCCUGCCCGCUGUGCAACUACACCUUCGCGUACCGCACUCAGCUGGAGCGACAUAUGGCCACGCACAAGCCUGCGAGGGAUCAGCACCAACUGUUGAACCAAGCGGCUGGCAACCGCAAGUUCAAAUGCACCGAGUGUGGCAAAGCCUUCAAGUACAAGCACCACCUUAAGGAACACCUCCGCAUCCACAGUGGUGAAAAACCGUAUGAAUGCCCCAACUGCAAAAAGCGUUUCUCGCACUCUGGAUCCUACAGUUCGCACAUCAGCAGCAAAAAGUGCAUUGGCCUGAUCGCUGUCAACGGCAGGAUGCGUGGCAACAUGAAGACCGGCUCCUACCCCACCUCAGCAUCCUCCUCCCCCACAAACACUGCCAUCACUCAGCUACGGCAAAAGCUGGAGAACGGCAAACCGCUAGGCCUCUCUGACAACAACAACCACAUGAGCAUCAAAACAGAGCCUGUUGACUUCAAUGACUACAAGCUGAUGAUGGCCACACAUGGAUUUGGUGCUCACGGGCAUUUCAUGAACGGUGGUGUCAGGGGGGACAGUCCCAUGGGAGUUCACCACAAUUCGACAACCCAAAGCACACUGCAGCACUUAGGGAUGCCUGGGCUAGAGUCACAGCUCUUCGGCUACCCGGGUUCACUGGUAAACAACCUGAGUGAGGUGCAGAAAGUCCUACAGAUAGUAGACAACACUGUGUGCCGGCAGAAAAUGGACUGCAAGCCAGAAGAACUGUCAAGGCUCACGGCCUACAUGAAGGAACUUGGCUCGCAGGUGGAGGAGCAGAAACAGGGCCUGAUGUCGCCAGGCGGGCCUCAGGUCAGUCUUCCACUUGUCAAUCACAACGGCGCCACCAAAAGCAUCAUCGACUACACGCUAGAGAAGGUCAACGAAGCCAAAGCCUGUCUCCAGAGCCUGACCACUGACUCAAAGAGACAGAUUAGCAAUAUUAAACGGGAAAAAUCCAAUCACAUGUUGGAAGGUGGUGUGGAGGACAAGGCGACAGAGAACACCAUGUUCACACCAUACGCAUGUCAGUUUUGCAAAGAAACUUUCCCGGGGCCAAUCCCGCUCCAUCAACACGAGCGCUAUUUGUGCAAAAUGAAUGAGGAGAUCAAAGCUGUGCUCCAGCCCACUGAGAACCUGAUGUCCAACAAGCCAGGGAUAUUCAUGGAAAAGAACGCUCUUCUGACUUCCUCCAUCUUGACGGAGAAGGGAUUGGCGGGACCCCUUCACCCCUACAGGGACCACAUGUCUGUGCUGAAGGCUUAUUUUGCCAUGAAUAUGGAGCCCAACUCCGAGGAGCUGCUCAAGAUCUCUAUCGCAGUUGGCCUUCCUCAGGAAUUUGUGAAAGAAUGGUUUCAACAGCGUAAGAUGUUCCAAUACGGCAGCUCCAGAACUCCACCCCUGGAGCACAAGAACAGCAUGGAAAUGAUUGUUGGAACAAGUAACCACCACAGUCCCCCCAAAGACCACCUGGCAUCUCGGUCGCCCGUGUCGCUAAUGAAACCAGGCGACUGCAUCACGUCCCCGGCCGUGGCUGAGCUCCAUAACAACUGUGACAACUCCCUCAGACAUUUGAAAAACCACCAUUUUGGCAGCGCCAAAGCCGCGGGUGACAAGUUGGACCAUUCCCGCAGCAACACCCCGUCACCACUAAACCUUUCGUCCACAUCCUCAAAACAUUCGCACAGUAGUUCAUACACCCCCAACAGCCUGGCAUCUGAGGACCUGCAGGCCGAGCCGCUCGACCUUUCUCUUCCGCGACUCAUCAAUGAACCUAAGCAUGCACUGACCGUGAGGAGCCGACCCAAAGUAAACAGCGUUAAUGUCGAGCCUAGCAAUGUCCCCUCGCCACGCGAGCACUUCGAGGAGCCCCUCAACCUAGCCUACAUCAAGAAUGAAUUCUCUGCCUCUCCCAACAAUGGAAUCAUGGACAAAAGCACUAGCCCCCUUUUUGGCAUGAACCCCUUUGCCGCUAAACCGAUGUACACGUCACUUCCGCCUCAGAGCGCUUUUCCGCCAGCCACGUUCAUGCCGCCAAUGCAGGCCAGCAUUCCGGGACUCAGGCCCUACCCUGGCAUGGAUCAGAUGGGUUUCCUACCACAUAUGGCCUACACGUACGCAGCCGGUGCCGCUACCUUUGCCGAGAUGCAGCAGCGGAGAAAAUACCAGCGGAAACCAGGUUUCCAGGGCGACCUGCUGGACGCCACAGCCGACUACAUGUCAGGGCUGGACGACAUGACAGACCCCGACUCCUGUCUGUCGCGGAAGAAGAUUAAGAAGACUGAAAGUGGUAUGUACGCGUGUGACUUGUGCGACAAAACAUUCCAGAAGAGCAGUUCCCUUCUCAGACACAAAUAUGAACACACAGGCAAGCGGCCGCACCAGUGUCAGAUCUGCAAGAAGGCCUUCAAACACAAGCACCAUCUCAUCGAGCACUCGCGCCUGCACUCGGGCGAGAAGCCCUACCAGUGCGACAAGUGCGGCAAGCGCUUCUCCCACUCGGGCUCGUACUCGCAACACAUGAACCACCGCUACUCGUACUGCAAGCGCGAGGCGGAGGAGCGCGAGGCGGCCGAGAGGGAGGCCCGCGAGAAGGGCCACCUGGAGCCCACCGAGCUGCUGAUGAGCCGGGCCUACUUGCAGGGCAUCACACCUCAGGGCUACCCCGAGCUGGCGGAGCGAGACGCCAUCAUGCGGCACGAGGGCGUGAACGGCGGCAUGGCGGAGGGACGGAAGGAAGCGGAAGAAGCGUACGCCAAGAUGGAGGAGUUUGAGGAGGAGGAGAGCAAAAGCAUGGACACGGACCCGGACACGUUGAGGGACGAGGAGGACAACGGAGAGCACUCGAUGGACGACAGCUCGCUGGAUGGCAAAACGGAAACCAAAUCGGAUCACGAGGACACGACGGAGGACGCCAUGUAGUUUCGGACGUCUCCUCCAAGUCGGUGUUCUCAUUUGCUCGGUUUUUAAGACGUGACGUUUUUUUUUUUGGAACCGCACGUGCACGUGCCUGAAGCUUCCGGGAAGCUUCCACCCGCCCAAUCCAGGAGGCGGGCGGUGUCGAUGGGGGGGGGGGGGGUUGUGACAGAAGCUGCAUUAUGCAAACCGAACAAAGAAUAAUUUGGAAAAAAAAAAAAAAAAUGUACAGUCCUAUGGCCUAAACAUGUGUGGUGCUAACCUACCCUACCCCCCCUCCACCCACCCCAAUGACCGUGUUCCAUAGUAUUUAUAGCACAAACAGUGACUUGUACAAAUUGCACUCCGCUUCUAUAAUCAUGAAGGAAAACAAAAAAAAAAAAAAGAAAAAGUAUUGCCUAUGUAUAUAUUUAUAUGGUGUGGGAAACAAGGCAGUGGCGCCCCCCUCCCCCAGCCCCCCGCCCCCCCUCUUCGAAUCGUCGGUGUUAGUCGUCGCCCACCUUUUGGUUCAGCCACACUGUGUCAGGCCUCCGAUCACUAAGACUGUGAAGGACCUCGCUCAAAGGAGGGGAGGACCUCCCUAAGGGAAAAUUAGGGUCUGGACUUUGGAUGCUUUUCGGAGGAAGGGGGGGGGGGGG